ACAUUGCUAUGACAAUUGUUGCUUUUGUUUGUCAUCUCUUUUUGACACACGAGCGAUCGUAUUUCCUCUCGGGAAAUACAGAUAACAUUUAUGGAUAUAAAAGGAGCGGAAACCAGCGAAGCUCAUUAGUAGCCAAAACGAGUGGUAGCGACAAAUGUUUAAUAAUUGGUGCGCACUCCGUUAGAAGCCAUUACGUAGAACAAUGUCUUCAAUUCCACGCUUCGCUAUCAUUGUGAUUAUUUCCUUAGCACUACUGACCGCACACACAACAACAGCCAACAACUCCCGUCCGCCACGCAACAAUGACAUCAGCAACAUGGCCGACGCACUCAAAUAUUUACAGGACCUGGACACAUACUAUGGCGAUCGGGCACGAGCUAGAUUCGGUAAGCGCGCGCCGAUAUUAUUGCUUCUUCGCCAACAUUUGCUCCAAAAUCCUGACGUGAUACGUGAUGCUCGAGCUAAAGAAAAUUUUUCCGCUGAAGAACCUUUUUAAGGUAAACAGUAUGGAACAUAUGAAUUUCAAGUACCCUGGCAAAGGAUUCAGCAGUGAUUAUUUCAAAAACGCUAGAUUAGAAUUUGGCCCAUAAAAGUAUAAUAGUUGUCCCAUAAUGGAGACUAAUUUCCCUCAACUUAAUGAGUUUAUGUACAGUAUUAAAAGAAUAGCAAGUUUUUAAUUAUUGCCUGCUAAAAUGUAUGUAAUUUGUAUUUACUUUUUUUUUUAUAAACUCAUUUCGCUAUAGAUGAAAUUGUAUAUAUAUAUAUCUAUACUCGUAUAUGAAAAAAGGGCUUUUGGAUGAUAAAGCUUAUAACCAAUGUUAAAAUAUUAUAAAUGUCACAAGAAAAUAAAAGCAAAUUGUGUAAAACCAC